AAGAAUGUUUUUUUUGCGGAAAAGAGUUUUAUAGUAUAAAUAUUAUUGAGAGUAUAACUUUUUUUAUAUGAGGGCCCCCUAUAGCUGGUAGGCCCCCCGCAACGCAGGGUCCUGCGUCCAGUAGUUCCGCCACUGUCAGCAUGCUCGCCCUUAUACUGUCCCACUAACUAGAUGGUUUCAAAUUCAUAAAAUUGCUCUAACAGGUAUGGUCUUGAGGACUAUUACUAGGAGACAUGGGUUUUGCUUGUGUCUUAUAUGUUCAGUUGCUAAAAGAAAAGGAGCCAACACAAACCCACAUAUAGGAAGACCAGAGAAAGUUUUGUUUAAUUUAAGAGGACACAAAUGUACAACCCAGACGCGAGUAUCAAACUUACGUAUACUAACUUCUAAAGCUCCUGUAAUGAAGAACGUUGAUGAAAAAUUUGCAACAAAAGUUCUUCAAAAAAAAUUUGCCUCACAAAAUAAGAUUACCUUACCAACAUGCGGAACACCAUUGAUUAUUUCUAAAGGUCGUAUCCAUCGUGUUAAUCCUGUGUGGACACAUAAUGAUAUGAAAAAUCUGAAAAUUCACAGACAAUUCACUGGAAGAGAUAUUAGCAACAUUGCUAAAUGCAUACGGGUAAAACACGGUCGAAAAUCUGUCGAAUCAAAUCUUACUAAACAUUUACAAGAGUCAAAUAAAUGUUUACAAGAAUUCUUUGAAACAGUCGAUCUUGAUUCCCAAGAAAAAUCUUUUAGACCCUCCAUUUUUGUAAAAAAUAUUUCGGAACUUCUAUGAAAAUCAUUGAGAAAAUGAAGAUUCAACCUCACGAUGCUUUGGUUAAAGUGUUUGCUGAUGAUGGAGGUGGUAGUUAUAAGAUAGGUCUCGGCGUCAUAAACAUUUCAAACUAUAAAAAAGAUAUGCGUCUUAAAAAAAACCUUUACUCACAGAUACAAGUAGGUAUAAUGCAAUUGAUUUUUCAAACCUAUUAUUUAUAAUAUUAUACUAUAAUUUGCAUUUAACUCAAAAAGUUAGUAUACAUUUUGCUUAAAUGACAGGGUAUUAAUCUGCUGACUUAAAGUUGCUUAACAUAAUUCUGGGACUACAAAGCCACAGUAAAUAAAAUUUUCAAUUUAAACAUUUAUUAUAUUGCAAUAAUACCCAAAAUUAGCAUGAUGUACACACCAUGCUAAUUUUGGGCUCACAUAUUAGGUGCAAAACACCCCAGUUGUUUUUGCAAUAAGAGUUCUGACAUGGAAGAUUUCUUAUUUGUAUCUGGAGAAGUUAGAACUCUAGAUGAUUAACCAGGAUUCUAGACAUUUGCAGCUUUCCAGAAUUACACAUUUUUACUGUAAAUGUUUUUAAAACUUUCUUAAAAUAUCUAUAAUAAAAACUAUUUAAA